AUGCCGGAGAGCGAAUGGAGACUACAUUGGGCCAUUGGACCCAGCAGCUGGCUGCCAGAAUUAUAUGACUCCGCUAAGAAUUUUAGUAAGGAGAGCAAGAAAUCAAAUUUCCAAAAAAUCUGUCGCACCUCACUUGAGGAAGCUCGGCAGCUCCUUGAUAAAAAUCUGAAUGCCACAUCGUCAUGUGACACCGACAAGAGAAAAGAUAAGCCCCUCCCUGCCAUACAGACCCGGGAGAAGGAGGAGAAGGAUGAGAAGAAGGGUGAGGAUGAGGAGCACGGGGAGGAGGAGGAGAAGGAGAAGGAGGAGGAGGAGAAGGAGAAGCCCAAGUCCAUGGCAGAUGUACUUCACCACAGCCUGUUGAAGGGCUUCCUGUUCCCACUGGAGCAGAUAGCCAAGACUCAGAAGAGACUGGUUCAGGUGGGCAUCCCUCCUCCGGUGCACACCUUUCCUUAUGAGUUCAGGGCCGAUGAGGUCGAAGUUACUCAGAAAAAACCCACCUCCAGGAAGAGGACUUCAAGUGCCACAUUUCACAAACUUCUCCUGGAUUCCGUUACCCCGGACAGGCUGGUCUAUGAAGAUAAAUUGAUUCGAUUCUUCCCCCCUGAGCCAGGAAAGCAAUUCCUGGACCUAGUGGACCUGGAGUGGAGGUAUUUCAAGGGGCUUGCAAGCUGGGGACGCGUUCGUAGGGGGUUGUCAUUCAUUGACAUACAAUUCACCAGUGAGAAGAGAUUCGUGGAGAGUCAAGGCAUGUCUGGGAUGCUUUCCCCUCCUCUAGUUCGCAAAACUUUGAUGUACCCUCAGACUGAGUGUCAUAAGGAUGGAUUUUAUCACUUUAAAUGGAAUACAUAG